AUGCUACAACCACUGUAUAGUCUGCUGCAGAAGAACACAUCGUGGGAAUGGGGUGCAAAACAAGCAAAGGCUUUCCAGCAAGCCAAACAGAAAUUGUUGAAAUCGGAUUUCUUGACGCAUUAUGACUUGAAGAAACCGAUAUUGGGUCCGAAAGAGGGAGUACCUACUCUAGCAGCAGCCCAAAUACAGCGUUGGUCACUAAUUCUGAGUGCUUAUCAAUACAACCUGGAAUACACAUCAGGAGUGAGCAACAAAGAAGCUGAUCUACUUUCGAGACUACCCAUUCCAGUCAAAGUAGUAUAUCCCAAUGAGCUAAACUAUGCCAUUGAUCGUUGUGAGCAGUUACCUGUUACAGCACAGGAUAUUGCUAAAGAACUGCAGCGGGACUCCAUACGACAAGUUUACGAGUACACUUUGCGUGUAUGGAAGCCUAAUGUAAGUACACAGUUACUGCCGUAUGCACGACAAGCGGAUGAGCUUACAAUGAAGACGGGCGCCUACUGUGGGAAAAUUAUUCCACCCAAGUUUCGAGACGCCGUGUUACAAGAGAUUCAUGAAGGUCAUAUUGGACUCUGUCGAAUGAAAUCUCUAACACGGAGUUUCGUGUGGUGGACAAGACUAGACCAAGAUGUAGAGGAGGUAGUGAAGACUUGCGCAGCAUGUCAGAGUAUACGGAAUAAGCCGGCUGAUGUGAUGUCGCAUCCAUGGAUCUACCCAGAUGCGCCCUGGACUCGACUUCAUGUAGAUUUUGCAGAGUUCAAGGAAAAGCAAUACCGUGUGGUAAUUGAUGCAUUUACCAAGUGGCCGGAAGUCCACGAGCUUGGAAUACAUGCCACUACGACUCAGACAGUUGAAGCAUUGAGGAGGUCAUUCAGCUGCCAUGGAAUCCCUCAAAGGCUAGUUUCAGAUAAUGGGCCUCAAUUCGUGGCAAGAGAGUUUCAGGACUCAUGA